AAAAAACAAUCACUUCCUUUCCUUUUCCUUCUCUGUGGGUCUGUCUUCUUCUCUUUUCUCUACACUGGAAGUUUUAUAAAGGCAAAAAAACACAGAUUUUAUGCAAAUAAUCCAGUGAAUUCCCAGUCAAGUUUUCACUUAUGAUUGUUCUUGUUCAAAGUUUUAGAAGUUAUUGUUCAAAGCUUUAAAAGGCAAAGGAUAGCUCCCAAUCCACCGAGUUAUCAAAUCCAAUGGCUUCGUUUUCCUUCAUUUUCUCGCUGUUUCUCACUGGUUCAUGUCUUUUCACGCCAUUGGGAGCUCAGCAGCAAUCACCCAUUAAGACCAUAGUGGUGCUGGUGAUGGAAAACAGAUCCUUCGAUCACAUGCUCGGCUGGAUGAAGAAACACAUCAACCCAUCAAUCAAUGGCGUGACCGGAUCCGAAUGCAACCCGGUUUCAACCCAAAACCCGAACCCACAGUCCAUUUGCUUCACCGACGAUGCCGAAUUCGUGGAUCCGGAUCCCGGUCACUCUUUCGAAGCCGUCGAACAUCAGGUAUUCGGCUCUUCCACCAUUCCUUCCAUGACCGGCUUUGUCGAACAAGCAUUGUCCAUGUCCCCGAACCUAUCGGAAACCGUCAUGAAAGGCUUCAAACCGGAGUCGGUGCCGGUUUACGCUGCUCUGGUGAAGGAAUUCGCGGUGUUCGACCGGUGGUUCUCUUCGAUCCCCGGUCCAACACAACCGAAUAGACUGUUCGCCUAUUCGGCCACUUCCCAUGGUUCGACCUGCCAUGUUAAGAAACAGUUAGCUCAUGGCUACCCGCAAAAAACGAUCUUCGAAUCACUCCAUGAGAAUGGCAAGAACUUUGGGGUUUAUUUCCAGAACAUCCCCACAACUUUGUUUUACAGGAACCUGAGGAAAUUGAAGUACGUUUUCAAGUUCCAUCAAUAUAACUUGAAGUUCAAGAAAGAUGCAAGGGAAGGUAAGCUUCCGAGCUUGACGGUGAUCGAGCCGAGUUAUUUCGAUCUCAAGGGAAUGCCGGCGAAUGACGAUCACCCGUCCCAUGAUGUUGCUAAUGGCCAGAAGCUUGUGAAGGAGGUGUACGAGACAUUGAGGGCCAGCCCUCAAUGGAACCAGACACUUUUGGUCAUUACUUAUGAUGAACAUGGUGGAUUCUACGACCAUGUGAAGACUCCCUAUGUUAAUGUCCCCAACCCGGAUGGAAACACUGGCCCCGCACCUUCUUUCUUCAAGUUCGACCGGCUCGGUGUUCGUGUGCCGACGAUCAUGGUCUCUCCUUGGAUCAAGAAAGGCACCGUGAUUAGUGGUCCAAAAGGACCUUUUCCAAACUCUGAAUAUGAGCACUCAUCAAUCCCUGCAACAAUAAAGAAAAUGUUCAAUCUCUCGUCCAAUUUCUUGACUCACAGAGAUGCUUGGGCCGGAACUUUCGAGAACGUUGUCAGGGAAUUAACCUCUCCCAGAACUGAUUGCCCAGAGACAUUACCAGAAGUAGCUCCCUUGAGGACAACGGAAGCAAAAGAGAACGCCGGUCUCUCCGAAUUUCAGAGUGAGGUUGUUCAACUAGCCUCCGUUCUUAACGGUGACCACUUCUUGAGCAGCUUUGCUGACAAGGCAAGUAUAGAGAUGAGUGUAAAAGAAGCUCACGAGUACGUCAAAGGCACGGUUUCGAGGUUCAUAAGAGCAAGCAAAGAGGCCAUAAAGUUGGGUGCCGAUGAAUCCGCCAUCGUUGAUAUGAGGGCAUCACUUACAACUCGAUCGUCUUCGACCCACAACUAGUUUUAGAAAUGUCUAGUAACAUGUAAUGAAACUAAGUAGUGAUUUUUGUGUGAAAGAACCGUUUCUGAAUCAUGAAUGUCUGAUCAGUAUCUCCAUGUGAU